AUGGACCAACAUGGUGAUUGCACUUCUUCAUUUAAUAGUGCUAUGAGUCUAAGUGAUCAAGGAGUCUCUUCUAUACCUCAAUGUUAUAUUCUUCCUCCAUCGCAACGCCCUGGUACUUAUGAUCAUGUUUCCAUCUCCACCACUCUUCCCAUUAUAGACUUGUCUAAUUUAAGGGAACAAUCUCUUAGAUCUCAAACGAUCAACGAAAUUCGAAUUGCUUGCAAGGAGUUUGGUGUCUUUCAGGUAAUUAACCAUGGAAUUGAUGAGUCUACAAUGAAAGAUGCUCUACAAGUUGCAACAGAAUUCUUCAACCUCCCUAAUGAUGAAAAAAUGCGCUUAUUUUCUGAUGAUGUUCACAAACCUGUAAGAUAUGGAACAAGUCUUAAUCAAGCCAAGGAUGAAGUUUUUUGCUGGAGAGAUUUCAUCAAACAUUACUCUCAUCCAAUAGCAGAUUGGAUUCAUAUGUGGCCUUCAAAUCCAUCCACUUAUAGGGAGAAGAUGGGAAAGUAUGCAGUGGCAGCACAAGUUUUACAAAACAAAUUAAUGGAAAUAAUAUUUGAAAGCCUAGGAUUAAACCAAAGUUACUUGCAUGAAGAAAUAAAUGGAGGGUCACAAGUAGUAGCAGUGAACUGCUACCCUACAUGUCCUGAACCAGGACUCACCUUAGGAAUCCAUCCUCAUUCAGAUUAUGGUUCCAUAACACUGCUUCUACAAACUCGUUCAGGGCUAGAAAUUGAAGACAAAAACAAAAAUUGGAUUCCUGUUCCUUUUGUUGAUGGAGCAUUGGUUGUGCAAUUAGGGGAUCAAAUGGAAGUUCUUAGCAAUGGACAAUAUAAGAGUGUGAUUCAUAGAGCAAUUGUUAAUGAAGAUGAGAAAAGAUUUUCUAUUGUGAGUCUUCAUAGUCUUGCUAUGGAUAAAAAGAUAGGUCCUGCACUUGAACUUGUUGAUGAUCAACACCCUAUGUCUUACAAGGAGUUUAGCUUUAGGGAAUUUCUUGAAUUCCUUUGUUGUAAUGAUGUUUCAAAGGGAAGGUUUCUUGAUACUUUGAAACUAUGAAACCAUAGAUCACGAGGGUUUGUAUUUAUAUAAUAAGUUGUGUG